AUGGCCCCUGCCAAGAAGGAAAUGAAGCGCAAGGCGCCCGCUGUUAGCGACCCGCCCGCCAAAAAAACCAAGAAGGUCCAGGCCAAAACUGCUGAAACCUCCGAGGAUGCUCCCAAGUCAAUCCUGAAGAAGAAGGUCAAUGGUGCCUCCAAGGCCAAGGAGACCAAGGCCGCUGCACCUGUCAAGGCUGAUGCUACCCCUGCUCGCCAGGCCAAGCCUCGCAAGCGCGCCGCCGACUUCAUCAGCGACGAAGAGAAUGACGAGCCUGCCUCCCCUGCCCCUCCUUCCGAGAAGAAGACUAGCAACAAGAAGUCUAAGAAAGAGGAGAGUGCCCCAGCGCCCGCUGAGAAGAAGACUAAGGCUACACCCAAGACCAAGAAGGUAGAGGAGGUUGCAGUGGAGUCCGAGGACUCUGAGGCCGACAUGAUUUCCCUUGGAUCCGACAGUGAGGGUGAAGAGGCGGAGGAGGACGAUGUCCUUGACGACCAGACCGCCGCGCUCAUCAAGGGCUUCGAAAGCAGUGACGACGAGGACGACUCCGAGGGCGAAGGCCACAACCCCAAUAAGCCCGUCCCCAAGAUCCCGGACACCAAAAAGGCCCAGAGAAAGAUCUUGAAGGCUCAGAAGCAAGCCGGUACCCCCGACGAGCCUGGAACUGUCUACGUUGGACGUAUUCCCCACGGUUUCUACGAGCAUGAAAUGCGCGCCUACUUCUCUCAGUUUGGUGAGAUCACUCGUCUGCGUCUCUCUCGUAACCGUCUCACCGGCCGGUCAAAGCACUACGCCUUUGUGGAAUUCUCCUCUACUACCGUCGCCAAGAUUGUUGCCGAGACUAUGGACAACUACCUCAUGUACAGCCACAUCCUUAAGUGCAAGUUUGUUCCCCAGGACCAGCUCCACCCUGAGGUCUGGAAGGGUGCCAACCGUCGUUUCAAGAAGACUCCAUGGAACCGCAUUGAAAAGAAGCGUCUGGAGAAGGGCAAGACCCGCGAGCAGUGGACCAAGCGUAUCGAGCAAGAGCAGAAGCGGAGACAGUCCAAGAUCGAUCAGCUCAAGGCUUUGGGCUACGAGAUUGACCUUCCCCAGCUCAAGAGCGUGGCUGAUGUGCCGAUUCAAGAGGCUCCCAAGGCCAUUGAGGCUACUGAGACUGCCGAGGUCUCUGAAGCCGUUGAGGCUCCUACAGAAGAGCCCGUGAAGGUCAUUGAAGCCCCCGUUGUCAAGGAAGAAACCCCGAAGAAGGUCAAGAAGGGCAAGAAGGCUGAGGAGGACACUCCCAAGCAGAAGGCCACAACAGAGUCUCCUGCACCCAAGAAAAAGGCCAAGAAGACCAAGGCCAAGGCGUAA